AUGGCGGAGGACCUCUCUGAUGAGGCCGAGGCUUGUCGGGGCCUAGGAGGCUCUCCGAGAAUCCCAAUGGAGCACCAGUUACCGGGUGCCCAGCGUCCUCCACAGGACCACCGCAAAGUUGAGCCAACGUUGAGCAUUCUUGACACAUCCUGCAGCGCUUGCGUGCGCGUGCGUGUCAGCCUGCCUUACACGUACCCAGGCCCAGCCGCAGCAUCUGCUGCGCCUCGUGGUGGAGAGGUGGUCCAUGUCUCCACUGAUGGUGGCCAGCGGCAUGCCGAGACUCGCACGGAAGGGUCUUCGACAGAGGCUCGGCCAUCUGGCAUUCGAGCAAAGCGGGCGCGGCAAGCAGAGAAGCAGGAGGCUGCACAGGCAGCAGCGUCAGCAAUGACCAAGGCUGCUGAGGCGAGCUUUCGGGCGCUGGAGGGGGCAGAUGGCUCAGGAAUUACCGCGGAGGCACUCCGAGUGGCGCUGAAGCGAUACAGAAUCCCGGUGGAGGUUUGCAAGCCCGAGGAGGUUGAGGAGAUGCUGGCCGUCGGGGCAGAGGAAGCUGGAGAAGAUCCUGGACCUCUGAACUUCUUCGCUUUCAAGACGCUCUUCAACUCGUUAAAUCUGAAGGUGACUCGAGAAGGCCGUGUUUGGUGA